GUUCUAUUACUUAUCUUUAUACCUACAUCUUGUAUAUGUAAUUUGACAGCUGUCAGAUUACCUACUGCGCAUGAUCGUCAAUCGAUAGAUUCGCUUCGUCAUAAAAUAAUUUUUAAAUAACAAAUGCGCAUUGCAUUUUCUCAGCUGAUUCUCCGUGAUUCAGAUGUGUCAAAAUUUUUUUCGUCUUAUUCAUCACGCACAACUUUAAGAUACUUGUUGAAAUUCCUUUUGUAACAAUAUGAUUUUAAUCACAAGGCCUGAAAUUAAAAUCUCAAACAAAAAUAAAUUACAUAUAUCACGAAGACCAGGAUGCAUUGCAUGGUUAUUGCUCAGCUUGUCCGUGGUGAUUUUCAUUGCGAUAUUUAGCCGCCUGACGAGUAAUUUGUACUUCCUGAUUAUUCUGCUCCUGGGUGAAAUCAUGUUUGUGCUGGAUAGUUUUGGAGAAUGGGAGGAUUUAAUACUGUACAAGCAGGAGAACAAAGCAAUCGUCGAAAGAGCCAUUUGGAGCGACAAGUUAUGCUCCGGAUACUCCAAUGAGUUCGUUUCAAUGAAACUCACCGAUAUCCGGCAUGUUGGGGUGUCCAGUGAAAUGGGCCUCUUCAUCCUUCACAAGAAUGGAAAGAUCACCACUUUCAAUAUGAGAGGCCUGACGAGGGAAGAAAUACAAAAUCUCCGGAAGGAGAUCAAUCAUUUCUUGAACAUGAGCAGACUCAACUACCUCGAUCAUUCUUCGGUUGAUCCUUCCAAUCGACUGUUACUUACUUCCGAUUCUGAGGAUGAGUAUCUGCAGAAGUCUCCGAGAAUAUAUCCGCCUACGUCCAAUGAUUUAACCAUUUCAGACAAUGUCCUGAGCGGCGGCAAGACAUGUUGUUACCGAAUACAGCAGAAUCUGAGCUUCCCGACUUUGUUGCACGGCACGCAACUUAACAGCUAUCAGUCGGUGAACUUGAGAAGAGGUCCUUACACAGAGAAUUCGAUGCAUCUUGACUGCGUCGAGUAUAUGAGGAACGUUUGUGCCGUUCCCGCGUCUUCUAACUUGUCAGAGCUUAACAAAGAGUGUGAUUAAUUAUCAUUUACUU